AUGGCAUCUAGUCAAGCAGAACAGUUGGAGAAACUUGUUGAUGAGGUGCUGAAGAGUAGAAAUUUACAAGUACUGGAUGCAUUUUUGCAAGAGGAUAUUCAUGAGGAGGCCACCUUAAAAUGUUCUAAACAGUUCCUCACCAAAUUGGACAAACUUGUCACCAGGGGUUUAGAUCAAAAGGAUGUCAAAUCUGCCAGUUUGGGUCUCACAGUCAUCUGCAAAUAUGGGAAAAACCUGUUGCUGUCUGGAGGUCAAGGGCUACCAGGAAUCAUCACUCAGGGACUGGUCAAAAAGAUGUUGCAUUGGUUUGAGAAGUGCAGGCAGCUUUGGACCCAGGGCGGUCCACAAAGAGAUGGGGCCUUGCUUAACCUUUCUGAGGACUUCUUCGAUUCAUUAAUGAUUGUUCAUGAAGCAUGCAAAGAGGCAACAUAUGAAAUCACCGAAUCCCUUUUGUAUCCCAUUGGCCAACUGGCUGCUGAUCCCAGAGUCUACAUCCUGAUUCAAAAAGAGGCUAUUCGUAAAUUCAACCAUAUUCUGGACAAAAUCCCUGCAGAGCUAAAGAAAGAAAAGAAGAUCCUAUCAUCUCAGGAGGCCUCAGAUGUCAUGAUCAAACUGGCCGGCCAGAUAUUGGAUUGCGGUGAUUAUGAUUUGCAGAUUGCCUUAAUGGAGGCACUUUGCAGAAUGGCCACACCCAACCAAAGGAAGCAGCUGGCAGGCCACUGGUUCAGCAUGGAGUAUGUGGCCAAGGCCUUUGUCAAGAUCCGCGAUUCUCAGUUUGAAACGGAUUGCCGCAAGUUUCUGAACUUGGUGAAUGGGAUGCAGGGAGACAAAAGAAGAGUCUUUUCUUACCCUUGUUUGGAGGUUUUUGUAGACAAACAUGAGCUGCUAAUGCCCCGAGAUGAGAACCUGGAGGAAUUCUGGAUUGACUUUAACCUUGGCAGCCACAGUAUCUCCUUUUACUUCUCUCUGUCUGAUGAGGAGGUGCGAGAUAGGAGCAAGUGGGACACGUUGUGCAUCAGCGAGAACGAAGUCCAAAGCUACACUGUCACAGAGGAGAGCAGUAGGCAUGUCUUGAGGCUGAAGUUGUCAGAGUUGGUUGUUGUGGGUGUGGUGGAGGGGGCGAACCUUACCAUCCGCUUCAGCUCCUCCCUGGACAUCCUGCAGGCCGCUCGCAGAAUCUUUGGACACAUCAAGGAAAAAAGUGUUGUAGGCAAGGGCAGCACAUCUGUAGUUAAGACAUCAGUGAAGAUCGUAAUGGAGGAGAGCAACUCCCAGGCUUUUGUUCCAGAGAGCCAGAUGUCUCCCAGUCAAAGUGAGAGGAACAGUGCUCCCUUCUGUUUACCUUGCCCAGUUGCACCCUUGCAGAUGGUGUCUCCAGCCAAAAGGAGGAUCUCAGAGUCAACCUACAUCACCAGCAGUGCAGGAACAAGUGUGCAUGGUGCCAGUCCCUUCUCUGUUAUUCCAUCAAAGACUUCUCACAGGGUUAAAGGGAAGACACCUCUGGAGAAGGGCUGUUCAUAUGAUAGGCAGGGUGAAAAAUACCUGGCAAAGCAAGGGGCAACUGUGCAGACCUCCAGAAGAGGCAUAAAUCCUAGUAGUUCAGUGACAGGUGGUGUAAGGGACCAGAGUGAUACUUCCAAACAGGUCACCAGAACUGAAGCUGAAAAAUACAGAAAGAACAUCCCAUUGAAAAACGCAGUGGCGAUGGUUCUAGCUGAACAGGGGAGAGAAGGGGAGCCUCUGGACCAAGGUUUUGUGCCUGACUCACAACCAACCAUGAAAACUGAGAGAAGAAUAUAUUCUCACUGCAACAAACUGGCAGUGUCUGAGAUGUUAAUGAUGCCCACACAGAAAAUCAAUUCUCUGUCCAAACCUGGUAAGGACGAACUGUUUCCAAUAUGGCCGGUCAACCAACAGCAGUUCCACAAAGAGCUCACCGAGCGCCUAAAGAAGGUCUUCAACGAGAGGAACCAAGCUCCUACGCCUCACAAAGUAGCUGAACCCCAAGGAAAUAAAUCAGAGGUUAGAGAGGAUUCUUGGGGCAGAGGCCCUGCAGACCAGUGUGACUCCACAUGGGAAGCGUCCAAAGAGCCCCAGAAGCAGCAGGCACAAAGAAAGUACCUGACCAAAGAGAGUAAAGACCAGAAGUCUGUGAAGGCAGAUCUUGUUGCAGUCAAAGCCCCAGCCAAAGCUAUCCCACCUAAUGUCCUACAGGAGAGAAUAACACCCAACCUUAAGGUUAUAGCUACAAGGCCCCUCUCCAGCAAGGAGAAGAGAAAUUCAGAGGUUGCAGGCAGCAUGGUGAAACUCAUCUCUAGCCAUUACAAAAGUAACACCUACUCCACAGCUAAAGCCACAACAGACAACACCCCUCCAUUACGGAUCCCUCAACCUGCUAACAAAGAAGACAUUUUUGCGUUCAGGAGUGAUUCUCCAUUUAAAAUUGGGGGAAAGGAUACACUUAUUAUUGGGUCCUCUGCCUUAUCGAGCAGUGGCAUUCGUGACUCCUGGACACUCCCCAGCACAACCAAGAAAGGAAAACCUGUGGCAGAACAGGGCAAGCGUUACGUGAAGAAGCACCUGUUCAGUGACACAGACACAGAUAAUGCUAUGACUGAGGUCAGCUGGCUAAAAGAGUCCAGCAGGAGGCCCAAACCCCAAGUUGCAAAAUACUCCAGGCAGGCGCCUCCCAAGACUAAGCCUCUGCUACUUGAUACAACACAUGUAUCCCUUGAUUUACUCUCUCCUCCAAAACCUGGAAAGGGGAAGACCAAAACCAGUAAGAAGACAUGGGGGGAAAAGAAGGCUGCGGAGCAGCUAGGGGAGACAGCAGCAGCUUCCAGCAGACAAGGAGCAGCAGGCAGGAGGCCCCAGAGAGCUGCAGCCACCACUGCCAAGAGCUACAAGGAGCCCGACACAGACGACAGCCAAUCAGAAUCAGAGAAGCCUCCUGCUUCCAAGGUUAAGAAGACAAAGACUACCCUGAGCAAAGAGCCCACCAAAAACUAUAGGAGGCUGGAAAGCAGUGACUCAGACACAAAGCAGCCACCUGCUCCCCAGGAAUGCUUGGUGAGUCCGCAGGGAAAAUAUGACAAAACUUACCAGGAAAUUGCUGCGGUGAAGAGGGGAAAAACACCUACCGCCAAUCCUAUACAUACCUAUAAGAAAACUCAGAAGAUUUGUCAAGAAACUGCUAACUUAAAUAAGAAAAAGAUCAUCCAUGCCAAAGACCAGAUUACUGUACAAAAGGAUUCUUGGGCUGCCCGCCUGGCCUCUCGCUCUCCCUCCCCUCCUUCCAUUGAGAGGAUGAGAUCUGCCAAGAGGUCAGCCCCAACCUUGGAUAUGACGCGCUCCCCUCUUCUCAGCCCGCAGGGAUCCCCUCUCCAUGCAUCCCCAACCCACCCCCGCCAGAACACCCCCUCACCCAUCCUGCAGCUACCCAAACCACCUCGUUCUGCUGUCAGCACUAAAGGAAACUUCCAGGCCUCCUCCUUUUACAAUGGAGAGAUUAAAGGCAACAAAUCAAACUCUUUAUCCCAUCACUCUCUCCACUCGGUCACCCCUACAGGUCAAACCCCUUCAUCUGGUGCUGCUAAGAGACCUAGUGCUGCUGAGGUAAGUCCAAUCCAGCAGCCACUAUCCUCAGCACCCCAGUCUCCCUUGUCCCUUUCCCCCCAGCCCCUGUUGACAUCUACAGCCUUGGAGCUGUGCAAGGCCUCCAAGGCUCCACAUCCCCAGUUACACACAUCUGGUAACACCCUUAACUAUGACCUCCAUUAUGGCUCCAGUACAGUGUCUCCAGUAUCCCAGGUGUUGCUGGGCCACUCCUCCACUAAGUCAUCUGUACCCACCACUGGUACAAAAGGCAGACUCACUGCUGCCCUCACCCAUAAAAUGGAGAAAACACCAUCUUCAGACAGGAAACUAAAGCGUCCACUGCAGGACAUCUUAGGACCCAGUCAUAAGCGCCACAUCUCUCAUGCCUUGACCAGUUAUUCAGAAGAGGAGGACAUGGAUGAGGGGAAGAAGGGCAAAAGGAUAGGGGAGCAUUCUGCUCGAAUGAGGCCCAGGAAACUGUUCAAAUCCAUUAUUAAGGUGUCCCCUGAAGGCGGGGUUAGCCAUGUGAUGUCCUCCAGCAUGGUGAGCUCCAGCCACUGGGAGUCUGAAGUUGAGGACGAAGACAUGGACACCGAUGAGGAUGAGGAUGUGGUGCUGCCAGACAUCACCAUCAAACCCCAUAACAUCGGUUCAAUGUGCAAACAAUUCAGUUCUGAACAACAGAAGAUGUUACAGAACCGUCACAGGCUGAUGAAGGUUUACAGCAAACAAAAUCUGAAGACUGUCCAGCAACAUGUGUCCUCCAUCAACAUGCAAGUCAAUAAAUACAGGACGCAGAAGCUUGAACAGAUCCAGGGAGUCCUUAUGGAGGAGAUCCGCAAUUUGGAGGAGGACAACACCAUACUUAACAACAUGGAGAAAGACCUGACUGUAUACUGGAAAAAGCAGUCCAUGGCUUUCCGUUCUUACCAGGAGAAGGGGUCCAGGAGAUAUGGGGCCCUGAAGAACGUCUUCCAGAACGACGUGUGUCACAGCUUGGAGUAUGAGGAGAGGAUAUUCACAUCCCAGAUGUGCCUGAUGAGAAAAGACAUGAAGUCAAUCCAGGACAGACUCCUCAGUGAGAUGGUGAGCGAGGAGAUGCAAGGUGUGAAAAGAGGUCUACAGGCUCUGUUCCUCCCUGAAGGGGCCAGGUUCUGACGCUAACGCAGUUGUGCCAAAGGUCUCACCACUAUACACAAGGGUCUAAACUACUGUGUGCCACACUGUGUAAACUGUGUUAUGCACAUCAGAAUAGCCCAUUUCAUUUCUUCAUUUCAGAGUUUUUCACGGAUGCAUUCAUGUUAGCAGGCUCUGCAUUUUAUUAUAUGUGGAUGUGUUCAUGUUAUGUGGGCCCAGUUAUGUUGUUGGUAUGUAUCCUCUUUUUAUGAGCAAUGUUAACUAUUUCUGAUAUUUACUAUUCUAUCAGUUUUGGUGUUGUUUGACACCUGUAAUAGUUGUUUCUUUCCAUGUCAU